AUGCUGAGGAAACCGUCAGGGGUCCCAAAGCGCAUAUUUGCCACGUGUCGAUAUGCGAAAAAGCACUCGAUUGGCAUGGGCGCUGCCUCAAGCGACUUACAACUUGUUAUAUCUGCCGAUUUGUGGGAUGAUGGACUUUCCUUUACGGCGCUCACCACCAGUACGGAGGCUAUUCAACACUCACCCGAGGCCUUGCUUAACAAUGCCAACCGCCCCCUGCUAAUUCCGUUCCUUCAGUUGCUCUACCGACGAGGUGCGCUGAUGGAUGAGCGCAGGAGACGUGAGAUCGCCAGGUACCUAGUGCCCUCCGUUCACCACGACCACUUGCCUUGGUUGUGGCGUGACAGUGCGGGGAGCUCGCCGACAGUUGUGAUAAGAGGAGAUGUCUCCGCGUUGCGUUCUUUGCUACCAUCUACCUGGCGUGCCGCCAUUGAUCAUGGCGGGGCAGCUGAACCAAGUGAACGGUUACACUACUGGCACCAGGUGUUCUUUGCAAUCGCUUCCAACCCUGCAUUUGCGGAGCCAUCGGCUUUUGAUCAGGCUCACCGGGAACUUCUAGCAAUUGUUCGGGACUACUAUACCGAUGUUUUACGUUUGCAGGAGCUUCUUCCACCCCUUGCUGAUGACGUCACCGUGACGCGCAUGCCACCCGUCCUGGUCCGCAAGCUUCGUAAGCUGUACUCUGAGCAGUGCCGACUCCUUCAGUAUGCAGAGUUCUUCCGUGCUGCUGUUGAGGGUGAGGAACUCGUUAUGCCUACGUGUGGCACCGCUUUGGUGAAUGACGUUGAUGUGUUUGAAUAUUACCUCACAAUACCUGGGCGACGGGAGUCAGGAAUGGGUCGUGAUGAGCGGUGGGCAUCAACACUUGAGUACGCGGCGUUUGCUUUUCGAAAGCUCUUCCGUCAACUGAAUUGGAAGGUAACUGACAUCUCAGCGUUGAUGACACGGCCAGCGGGGAUUCUCAUGAACGCAUGCGUCUUCGCCAGGAACGACAACGCGGAAGGUGAUCGCUACCGAGAAGCCAUAUUAACGAUGAUGAGUGUGUUUCGUUCUUUUUGCAAAGAGGGGGGAAACUCAGGUGGAGCUGGAGCAUCUUCGGCAUGCGAUUCUGCAGCAGUCGCCGCUUGUAGUUUGUUGAGGGUCCUCCGGGAUGCUGGUGUAAGCAGUAUGUUAGCCAAGUGUAAGGCGCUACACUUCGGUCCGAUGAGAGGACUUUUGGACGUUUGUACUGUGGCCGCCGUGUUGGAAUUACUGCUCUGUGAGGAGGCCAUCGCGGAGGCGCGGGACAAUCGACGCAGCUUUAUUUGGAAUGAGUUGGAGGUGCUACUUAGCCAUCGGAAGAUUGUUGGAGAUGAGAUGUACGUUGCUGCCAGUGGUCAUCCGCAUCAUCGCCGCGCGGCACACUACGGAAUAGUGAAUUUAGGCGCACGCAUAGCCUCCGCGUUGUUUGAUGUUGUACGGUCUGCAUCCGCCCUGGGGAAGUAUGCUGGUGAACUGGUGAAAUGGGGAUUACUGAUUGGGAGACCGCUGCGUAUGACCAUCUGUGACGCUCCCCUAACGCACUUAACCAGCUUCCUACCUUGGCUCUCGCUAAAUCAGCUAGAGCGUGAGGCAGAGGGGCUUAAGGCAGGGAUGAAGGCCGCGUCUUCGUGGACUUGUGGUUGUGAAUGCGUGAAUCCCAUCCAGUUGGGGGCUGUUUCGUGCGCUGCUUGUGUUUCGCGUCAUUUGGUCGAACAUGCAUGGACGUGUCCUCAUUGUUCUUGGGUGUCUUCUUCGGGGGAUUACAUUGAUACCUGCUUUGCUUGUAGCCAUCCCCAUCCUCGCGGGCUCUCUGUGGAGCAUGACAACAGAGUGUUGUGUGUAAAGACCCACGGUGGCGCCGCAACACCGUGCCUUUGGGCGUGUGAUUAUUGCCAUUCUUAUUCUCAACUGGGGGUCUCCAGAAACAAUUCAAAGGUUCAAACUUGUAUGGACUGUGGUGCUGGCGAUACGGGUUGGGCGGCAAGUUUUUUUGAGUGGAAAUGUGGUUGUGGUGCCGUGAACAGUCCGCUUCGUCGGUGGUGCAGUGUGUGCAGUUUCGGGAAGGCGGAUGCAAGUUGUGUAUGUGUCUACUGCCGCGAAUGGUGGCGGCUUCGUCUUCGUCGUCUGGGGUUGCGAGACGAGUGUCCAGCGUGUGCCGCCCCACAUCCUAGGGAUGUGGCUGCGUUUGAGAGGCGUCUGUGGCGCUGCCCAUUUUGCCAUUCCCUCACACCAGACAGUGCCAGAAGCUGCCAAAACUGCCAGCGGCCCAUGGGUAUGCUCUCGCAGUUUCUCCCUUUACUUCCUGACGUGCCUUGGCACUGCCACGCGUGCGGGGGCCGUCAUAACCACCGCGAUGAUGAGGGGGUUCUCCUUCAGACUAAACCGGAGAGGAAUUGCAGCGACGUGUGCAUGCAUUGUGGGGUACAUCGCCUAGAUCCAGUUUUGUUCAAUCGCCACGAGGCGUGGACCUGCGGGGUUUGUGGCGACGUGGCCGUGCACGGAUGGUGUUGCCGCCGCUGUUAUGCACUGCAUCCUGCUGUACCAUCGACGGAGGUACAUGUUUGGCAGUGCGUCGUAUGCAGGAGUGUGAACAACAGCUGGGACGGCUACUGCCAGCGGCACGGCUGCGGGACGCGGAGGUCCGCUGACACGAUAACACUGCAAUAUGCGCCGUGGUGCUGUGUUUGCUGCGGUAAGUUCAGUCGAACUUCUCAGGUACCCCAAUGCGAGCAUUGUGAAGCCGUCCGCUCUGAAGAUCGUAUGGAGGUUGCUGGUGCAGCAGACGAGCGGCAUGGCAGGCGGCUGGCUGAUGUGGAGGCUCAAUUGCUGAGUGCUUCUCCCAGUGCUGCUGGUGACUUUCUGUGUGACGAGUUGCUGGAGUUGAUGUCGAGGAGGACUGCGGCGGGUGACUGGCCCUGUUGCAUUUCGGACAGUGUCCAGCUUUCCAUUCCGCUUGUGUGA